CCCUUUUUCCAAAUAAGGUCACAGUCAGAGGUUCCAGGGGUUAGGACAUGGACAUGUCUUUUUGGGGUCACCAUUCAGCCUACUAUACCACCUAAGCUCAUUCAAUUGAUGGUCACAAAACACUGCCUCAUCCAGUCCUUCUAAUUCUGAGGCAUGGGUGCUAGUGUUAUCCCACUCUACAGAUGAAGAAACUGAGGCUAGGGAGAAAGUGAGGUUGCCAAGGCUUGACCCUAGUUGCAGACACCCAGUUAUUAAGUUAUGGAGCCAGGAUUCGGGUAUGGGAGUCAGACCUGUGCCCAUCUGCACUCCAGGCACACAGCAGAGGAUGGCUGUGCAGAGCAGAGGGCUGGCGCAGGAGGGGGCACGGCCCAGGCAGCAGGCACGGCUCAGGGUCCCCCGACGUGCCGGGAGGGAAGGCUGCCUCAUUCAGCCUCAGGCCUGUUCUUACAGGAAGAACUACGAGGCCUUGUGGCAGAUGUACAAGAAGAUUCAGCCCCUCCUGGAAAACCUGCACCGGAACUUCCUAGAGACGCAGAAUAACAUCACAUGCGAUAUUCAGAAACUCUGUGACAAAGACCCCCUGGGCAACGUCCUUAUCGACAAGAAGAGCUUGGAGAAGAUCCUGCUCCUGAGCUAUGUCUGCAACCCCCGAGCAGGUGCAUCCCAGCGCUGCCUCCUCGAGCACAGCUGUGUUAUUAACAUCGGGGUGGGUAAGAACCUGGACAUGCUCAACAACCUCAUCAACUUCCUGGACCUUGUGUUUGCUGAGCACCUAAAAGGAAAAGGUGCGGGGGCUGUGCAGUCCCUCUUCCCCUGGUUCUGCCUCUGUUUCCAGCGUGCCUUCAAGUCCUUCGAGGACGUCUGGAGGCUCUGGGAGGUUCUGCUGACAGGGAAACCCUGCAGAAACUUCCAGGUGCUGGUGGCCUACAGCCUGCUGCAGAUGGUGCGUGGGCAGGUCCUGCAGGAGAGCAUGGCCGGCAAUGACAUCCUCUUGGCCUGCAACAGACUGGUCGACCUUGAUGCUGAUGAGCUGAUCUCCUCUGCCUGCUUGGUUUACGCGGACCUCAUCCAGAAGGAUGUAAGUUGCCUGGUGAUUUUUCCUUCUCCUCUUCCUCACCCCAGAAGUGUUUCCUGAUCUCCUAAGCCCAGCCCAUGGCAGCCAUUUUCAGCUUCAGAGGCAGUCGGUACCACUUUCUCUGCCACCAGCCCACAGGGGCUGCUGGGGUGCUCUGCAUGGUCUUCUCGCUGUUUGCAUGUGUAACUCCUGUCUCCUGGGACAGACUGCGCUUCCACGAGGACACAGCCCUCAUGCCCUGUCCCCUGUGUCCAUCCCAGGGGAUCUG